AUGAAACCAAAUCCUCCUUUACCGGAUUACAUUAAACCACAAUUUCCUAUAAUUAAAAAGAAGCCGGUUCAAGAGGAUGAAGAAGUGAUGCUUGCAAAGUUCAAGGAAAUGCUAGCUACUCUCCAAGCAUUCCUAAAAGGGACGAAAGAGAAAGUGGUCAAGGAACAAGUAAACAUGACCGAAAAGGAUGAAGUGGUAAGAUCUCAAGCGUUGCCACCAAAAUUAAAAGAUCCAAGUAAGUUUAUUAUUUCUUGCAAUAUCGGUGAGGUGAAUAUUCGACAUGCUCUGUGUGACCUUGGUUCUAGCAUAAAUGUCAUGCCACUAAAAACAGUAAAGGAAAUGAAAGUGGGUGAGAUCAUGCUGAGUAUCAUGACUCUCACUCUAGCUGCCUCAUCUAUUACUCAACCGGUUAAUAUUUUAUGUGACGUGUUAGUUGAUGUCGAAGGACUGGUAUUUCCUACGGAUUUUUUAGUGCUGGAUACAAAAGGAACUUCAGGAGGAUUUGUUAUUCUCAAACGACCAUUCUUGGCAACCGGGAAAGCAAAGAUUUAUGUAGAAACUGGUGAGCUUAUCUUGAAGUUCAAUAAAAAGAAAUUUGUUUUCAAGGUGUAUUAUUGGACAUCGUAUGUUGAGAGUUUAGAUACUUGUUAUCAUCUAUAG